UCGAUGUGUGUUGCUGGGGUAUAUAAAAUCCUGCACGGGCUGGAAUCAACCACAUCUGGACUCGUAAGCAAAGUUUGUUCAGAAACCUCGACGAAGCUGUCAUUCUUCGAGAAGUAGUCAACCUGAAAAAACAACAUGACUCGUUUAGUUUCACUACUCGUCUUGCUUCUGAUGAGAGCAGUCAUGCCGGCAACCGCGACUUCAGAAACGGUGAUCUUUACCUACCAUCUCACUGUCGGCCUCUCAUAUCCCGACAAGAUCUCUGUCACCCUGACAGCAAGGGACAACGACACGGACCUGAUUGGGACGGGAUUGUGGAAGAUGGGCGUCUUCGUGAGCCAGAAGGACGACCCUUCGAACACGACCGGAGUGCAAGCCUAUCAGGAACAAGCCUUGGACCAGGCCGAACAGGAUCAGAACGUCGUGGCAGAGGAGACCUUGACGUUCGACACUACCCUCUCCUUCCAGUUGUCGAAGCUGGGGGGCUGCGAAUCCGACUACAAGUACAUCUGUGUGUCGUUCUCCAAGGGCGACAAGCCCGACCCCUCGUUCGACUUGUAUAACAGCUUCGAAAAGUGCAUUCUGAUGGGUACCACAUGCCUUGCAGACGACGAAAAGCUCGUUUCCUUCAGCAGUUACUCAUGGAGCCUGAACGGUGAUACCCUCGACUUUACCGUGGCUUUCCACGACUCCUCCCGUCAAAACCUGGAAGGAACGGGCCUGUGGAAGCUCGAAGUAGGCUGGACAAAGGAGGACGACCCCAACGCUGCGGAUUCCCUGGACAAGAUGGACAUCCUGUCAUCGGAGCAGAGCAGCACGAAUUUGGUCAACGGCGAGAAACUCAGCUUUCGGGCGACCCUGACGUACGACAAGACGCAGGUCGGCUGCGGAGUCGAUCAGUAUCGCUACUUCUGCUUCACUUUCGGUAAAGGAGAUAGCCCCAAUCCAGACUAUGAUCUCUCAAGCAGUAUUGGAGGUUGCAAGCUGAUGCACACUUGUGAGGAAUUUUAGAUCCAAGAUGGCCCUAAGGUCGGGGCAGCCAUUUGAACGACAGAGACGGAGCGACAACCCUAGCAGCACAAUCAUUGUCAUAACUUCAGUAGUUCCUAGAGGAGGUCUUGGGCAGUAAAUUGAUAUAAUUUGCGGUGCAUCCGAUCCGACUCACUACCGCUGAUAAAAGACGGGGCAGAGAAAUACCCCUGUUCGGAAUGGGGUCCUAUAUUACCUGAACUUCCUAACAGCUUCAGUGUCAUUUUAUGGGAUCGUUGAUGCAAAAGAAGGGGGGGAAUUCGAUGACUUGGCUUGUGUAGUGCAGCAUAGAGGGAAGAGGAUGAGUGUAGUGGGUGGGCGUUCUUGGGUCAAAUCCCAGAGGGAAUAUAUUUUUUUAGGUUCUUUCCUGAUGGGAAAGUUAAAUUUUGAAAGGUUAUUAAAAUUACUGCCAAAAUUUGUAGCCAAGAAGUUUACCACAUUUAAGGACAAAAGCUCUCUUCAACAUGGUCUUGAUUGGGCAAUCCAAUUACGCCGGCCCUGUUCCGAUCACAGAGAUAUUUGUCUGUACAGUCCUCGUUUGUUAACAGCGGUGGUUGGUCGGAUCAGGUACCCAUUUUAGAGGUAUAUGCUUUUCGUAGCCUUCCAGUAGAAAUAAUUGUUACUUUUGGUAAAUUUCUUAAAAAUUACACAAUAUUCCAAAUCAACCAAAACGAGAUUGGCUGUUCAUCUACAGUUGGGCAAACAUUAACCUAUAUGAAACUGUAUUUUCUUAAACGGAUUGGGGUUUUCUGGGGUAGGGGAAGUAAUUUUGAAUUUAUUUCUAUAAUUCGUUAUUCUGCUUUGAACCUGAUGGUUGAUUUUUAGCAUUUUCCGUUUUCCGUUGGGGCUAUUUUGAAAUUUUCAGAUCAGUGCAGUUAAUCGAAAUGGAUAGAACAUUUAGAAGAAUACAGAGUUUUGUGUUAGCUUUUAUUAGGUCCUUACAGGAAAACUUUUGUUAUUAUUAUUGAAUUUGAACAAAAUACUGAAAUACAAAAUUAUUCUUUUGCAAUGAACUUUUAUGAGGUACACACAAGCCGUUUUUUCUUCAAGGAUAAAGGUAAUUUCUUAGGCCUAUCUGUCCAUAUGGUUAAAGGGUAAUCAAUAAAUUUGCAUACUGCUUCUGAUGCCAAUGAAA